UCUUCCAAGGUUCGGGAUAGACUUGGUAAUCUGACUCCAUUUCAGACCUCAAGCCAAUCAAACACACCUUGGCCAGUCGCCGCUUGGCCUGAAGCGGCAUCGUGAGUAUUCCGGAGAUGGCCUCAUGUUUCUCCGACCAGAUACCAUUCGAUUCAUUAUCUUCGUCUCUCCUUUUUUGAAAUAUAGCUCAAUUACAUAUUUUAAUGAUUUAUUCGGUCACAUUCCUAAUAUGAAGUCACUCUUUCAUCUAUUUCAGCUUCUGUCGUUCACUCUCGCCCUCGACGAUUUUCCCCCUGCAAUCCAUAUCCCUGAGGUGAUUCAUACCGGCACCGAGGUCGAGGGUUAUGUCGAUGUCGAAGUACAUAAUUUCGACACCACGUACUGCAAUGCGUUCCGCGUCUAUCUGGCUACUCGUCCAGGAGAGCAGCGGAAUCCUGCCUUCUACCAUGAGGACUGUAUGUCUUCGUCGGUUCAGACCUUUCCUCCUUCCCCUAUUUACCUAUCUUUAUAGGUUACUUGGUGCACGAACAAUCCCUCUGCGACGCCUCCGUAUAUAUUGCUCCAAGCUAUGUACUCUAUGUCAACACCAGCUUCACCUUCUCUAUCCCAG